AUGAGGGGGGCAAGCCCCUGGAUCCCGGUUUGCCCUCCAGCCGGUCAUUCCCGGUGUGUCCCUGCCCUGCUGUCCUGCAGGGGGUACUCCAGGGAUGCCGAGGGCAGCUGGUUCCGCUCCCUCUUCGUGCACAAGGUGGAUCCACGCAAGGACGCACAUUCCAACCUCCUCUCCAAGAAGGAGACCAGCAACCUCUACAAGAUCCAGUUUCACAAUGUGAAGCCGGAGUGCCUGGAAGCCUACAACAAGCUGACAGAGGAGGUGCUGCCCAAGCUCCACUCGGACCCUGACUACCCCUGUGACCUGGUGGGCAACUGGAACACAUGGUACGGCGAGCAGGACCAGGCAGUGCACCUGUGGCGCUUCUCGGGCGGGUACCCGGCGCUCAUGGACUGCAUGAGCAAGCUCAGGCAGAACAAGGAGUACCUGGAGUUCCGCAAGGAGAGGAGCCGGAUGCUGCUGUCCCGCAGGAACCAGCUGCUCCUGGAAUUCCCAGGGACCAUGAUUGAGUGGGGCAACAACUGGGCUCGGGCCAUCAAGUACCGCCAGGAGAACCAGGAGGCGGUCGGGGGGUUCUUCUCCCAGAUCGGGGAGCUCUACGUGGUGCAUCACCUCUGGGCCUACAGGGAUCUGCAGUCCCGGGAGGAGACGAGGAAUGCAGCCUGGAGGAAGAGGGGCUGGGAUGAGAACGUUUAUUACACUGUCCCGCUGAUCCGGACCAUGGAAUCUCGGAUAAUGAUUCCCCUGAAGAUCUCCCCCCUGCAGUGACUGGGGGGGCCGUGCCAGGGGGUCUCCCUGCACCCCCAGGG